GUCUCUGGCUCCCUUGCUUCCCUUCCUUACCCUCAUCCGCAACAGAGCCAGCCAGUCAUGCCCCCUCCUUUUGGCAAAUCCACGACGAAGCUGCCUGUCGCUCUACAGGAUGAGUUGGGAAUCGCCAAGCCCAAGCCGAAAACUUUUGGGGAGAGUGGCUCUCGAGGUGGGCGAGGCGGGCGAGGUGGUCGUGGUGGACUUGGACGAGGUGGACGUGGCGGGGGUGGAGUGCUAGGUCGUAAAGAGGAACGCAAAAGGCAGAGGGAGGUAAAGAAGCAAGCUAAAGGUGGGAGAAAUCAUGCUCGACAUCCACAGCAGCAGCAGCAGCAGCAGCAGCAGCAGUCGCGUCAGCAAGCAGGGAGGAUGAAUAGGAGUGACAACGACGGGACGCACAGUAGGGGAAUAGCACCCCUCGACAAGGGGAAACGACGACAACCUGAUGGCGAAGAGGAGGAGUACAUGACUGCACGACAGUAUAAACUCGACCAAUCGACUGACGACGAGGACGAGGAGGAAAUGUUCAGCAACGUCCCUCCUCCCCCCCAAAGGAAGAAGGCGAAAAGAAGUGCCAGCCAUGACGCCGCCGACUCUAAGGGCCCGUCAGCACUUCAACGUCUCCUCGACGCGCAAGGCUCGUCUUCUUCCUGUUUCGAUCAUCCGAAUGGCACAAAUAAGAAGAAGGGUCAGACGAAGAGGAGACAACGAGCGGUGAGCUCCACUACGAGGACCCAAGCGGAGAAGGAUGAGGAUGAUGAGAUUCAGUGGUUGGAGGCUAUGUUGAGGAUGGAUGGGGAGAAGAAGAGGGGCAAGGGUAAGGGAAAGGGCAAUGGCAAUGAUGCGGAUGAAGCGGUGCAGGAGGAGGAUGGGUAUGAUGAGCUCUUGGAGGAUUUGGAUAGGUUUUAUCCGGGGAUGUAUGAAGAUGGGGAGGGGGAGGGGAGUGACGAUGAUGACGGUGAGGAGGAUGAGGAGGGUGAGGAUGAUAGUGGCAGCGAGGAGGAAGAGGACGACGACGACGACGACGACGACUCGCAGGGAUCAGAGAGUGUGGUAGGUUCUGCCAGCUCGCUCGCCAGCGAAGAAGAAGCGGGCAGCGACUUGGAAAGCGACGACGACUCGGCCCCACACGCGCCCAAGAUCAAUCCCUACGGUGCAGCCCUUCCCACCAGCACCGCACCGGGCUCAGGACGCUACCUUCCCCCUGCAGCCCGCGCAGCAGCGGUGGCGGCCUCCUCUUCCUCCCCCUCCGCCACCAGUUCGGAUCCCUCUCACCAAAAACUCCACCGCCAGCUACAAGGCCUCCUGAACCGACUAGGCGACGCCAAUGUGGAUUCGAUCGUCUCUUCUCUCGAGGCCAUCUAUCGCGAACACGGUCGAAGGGCAGAGGUGUCCCACGCCCUCGCACGCAUCAUCAUCGAGACCAUUGCCAGCCGCACGAGCAAUGUCCUGUUGACGGACACCUUUGUCGUCGUCCACGCAGCGCUUGUUGGGGCCCUCUACCGAGUCGUAGGGGUGGAGUUUGUUGCCGGAUUCGUGCAGGAGAUGGUAAGCGAUCUCAGGCGACACUACGAGGAAGCUCGCAAGUCCACCAUAACCGCGGCUACGAGCGCAGAAGGGGAGGAAGACGAGCAAGAGCAAGAGCAGGAGCGCAGUCGCGAGUUGACCAAUCUCGUCUCCCUCGCUGCCCACCUGUACAACCUGCAGGUGAUAGCCUGCCCGCUCAUAUACGACCUCGUCCGCCUCUUCCUCGGCGCGGGCGGCGACGUCGAUGCCAGCACCCGCAGCGGAGACUCAGUAGAAAUCAAGACGGGGCGGGAGCGGGAAGGGGAGCGUCCGCUGAGCGAGGUGGAUGUAGAAUGUCUACUCAAAAUGGUCAAGACCUGCGGCCCCCAGCUCAGGAUGGACGAUUCGGCUUCGUUGCGCGAAAUUGUCGCAUUGGCACAACGACGUUCCACCACCACCUCCUCCGCCAGCUCCUCAUCAUCGCGCACACGCUUCAUGCUCGAAACCCUCAGCGAUAUCUCCUCUAAAUCCUCUUCCAGCUCCUCGAAGCGUCAGCGCCAGCAGCAACAUCAGCAGCAGAACGAGUCGCCAACUGCGCAUCUGUUAAGCAAUAUGAAGAAGUAUCUGGGCGCGAUGGAUAAGAAGCGUACUUUGAGGAGCUAUGGUGAACCGUUGAGGGUGGGGUUGAAGGACUUGCAGGAGGCGGAAACGCGCGGGAAAUGGUGGCUGGUAGGGGCGGCUUGGAAGGAUGAGGACCAGUUUCAAGGCGCGGGUGCGGAUGCCGGGUCUGGCGCGGUCGGGAUUGGACAAGCUUUAGGGGUGGAAUCAGUCACGACGAAGCGAUCCCUCACGUCGGCGGUCCAGGGUAACGCGGCUGGCCAGAAUGGCGACGAUGACGACGACGACGCUCAAGCAACGCUACUGGCUCUCGCCCGACGACACGGCAUGAACACGCCUUCACGCCGACUGGUUUUUACCACCUUGAUGGACCCUUCAUCCCUCUCCCCGCAGGAAACGGCGGAGCGUCUCCUCUCUUUGCGGCUCCCCUCGUCCACCUCCACGGGCUCCUCCUCCAAAGGCUCCUCCUCCUCCUCGUCGGCCCUACGCCGCGAAACGGUACGCGUCCUCCUGCACUGCUUGGGUCGGGAGCGCGAGUAUAAUCCCUAUUACGCGCUUGUGGGGGCCAGGUUGGCCGAACUGGAUGCAGGGACGAGGGUGACUAUGCAGUUCUGUCUUUGGGACUAUCUACGCGGGGAGUUGGGAGAGAAGCGGGUUGGUGGAAGAUCCGUUGUUGGUGACGAGGAGGAUGAGGACGAGGGGGACUUCGAUAAUCCUGAUGACGAGGGGGAGGGGGAGGGACGAGGGGAAGGAGGAGGGGUGGUGGCUCGCACCAAGCUGCAUCACCUCGCAAGGGCGUACGGAUGGUGGCUCUCCCGCGGGUCGUUGAGCCUCAAUGUACUGCGUACGGUUCCCUUUACCUCUCUUCGCCCGCAGGGGAGGGGAAGGGACUUCUUGCGCCUGGUGCUCGUGCACACCUUGCUGGCUACACAGACUCGCAAUCCAGCCACGCUCAAGGGCAGCAAGGUCGCGGAUCGCACCGCGAUAGAGGACGUACUGCGCAGGGGUGUUGGGGGUAACGAUGAGCUCAGGCGGGGGUUGCACUUUUUCGUUGUGGCGGAGAUGAGCGAGGAGAGGGUGAGGGGGAUUGUCGGUGGGGAGGGGGAGUUAGUUGAGCGCGCUCUGUGGGCGUGUGAGGUGGCGAGGGAGGUGCUCGGCUCCUCAUCGUCUGCCUUGAGCGGGUGAGGUUGUGCGAAGGCGAAGAAAAAAGAAGUAUGAAUGUCUAUCAAUGA